AUGGAAGACGAAAGCUUCACCUAUUCGGAGAGACCCGCCAAGCGGGUUCGUCAGGCCUGCGUAAGAAAGCCAAAUGCCCCGGAGAGCAGCCUGUCUGUUCUUUGUGUGCCAGGCUACGGCAACAAUGUUUAUACGCCGAUGAAAGACGUCGGCCACCUCCAGAGUCGAGUCCAAGGCUCAAUGAUUCAGAACCCCGAACAUCUCAUGUUCUGUGUGGUUAAUGGAUAUGCCGAGGUUGCCCGGGGCCUCGUUAUGAAAAGGGUCUCAGAAGGGCCAGUGGAGCUUUCGACGCUUCAAUGUCUCUGUAUUUUGAGCUUGGUUGACUUCACAAAUGGCAACACGCAUCGUUCCAGCAUCCACAGCAGCUUAGCAAUGAACCUUGCACAAUGUGCCAAUCUUGGACAGGAGUCACGUUCAGCAACCAGCAUCAUAGUCCGCGAAGAACGCAGACGCUGCUUCUGGAGUAUAUGUCUUCUCAAACGACUACAUGGCGGCGACUUCCCGAUCCCGGACAUACCUCAAGCCGGAGGCCCUCCAUAUCCCCGAAGCCCGGCACGACCAGCACACUUCCUCUCCCCAGAGCCAUCAACUCUCGAAACACGACGAAGUGACAUCCAGGACGAAGGAAUCAUUGCAUAUGUGAUAAUGCUCAGCGAAGUGUUUGCAAGGACAGCACGAUAUGUUCGACUUCAUGGACGCCCAAGCAAUGUCCCACCAUGGUCUCCCCAUUCCGAAUACUCGAAAAUUCUCGCUUUGCAAAUGGAUCUCGAGACACGCAUGCCAUAUAUUCACCGAUUCAAGCCAGCGAACCUCAGUGAACGGUCUCUCGAGGAAUUACAGACACAUCGUGAAUACUGGGGCCCGUGGUUUCUGAAUCAAUUCUUGUAUCACACCAGCCUGUGUUUACUGAAUCAUCCACUGCUUCUCUCGCUCAGCCUUCGGAAUUUCCGGAGUACUAUCCCGGAGAUUUUUUUACAGCACACCUCGGACUUGAUUUCCUCGCAUACAACCUGGAUCAUUCACUUCAUCAAUUGCUUUGAAGAGAAGGCAUUCAUAGUAUCAGAUCCGUUGCUAGGCUACAGCGCCGCUGUUGUCGCUACAAUCGAGCUGCAACUCAGUUUCACAGAUGACUUGACUAUCAGAGAACAUAAGCGUGAAAGAUUCGCCAAGUGUGUCAAGUUUGUGCAAGCCAUAGGAGAAAGGUGGCCACACAUGGCUCGACUGGCACAAAGAUUGCAGCGGCUAGAGGACGCAGUCUCGGCAACCUACCAAUCAGAUCCAGGCGCGCAAAACCAAAGCCUCUUAAUUGACCUAUCACGAUUCUGGGAAAUCCUCGAAUACUCAUCCAACAGCGAUACAGACUCUGCUCGGCGUCUAUUCGGGGAUUCGCUCUAUGCUGGUUCAUCUUCUGCUGGCGCAGAAGUAUCGCAGACAUCACCCUUGCCUGCGCCGUUCCGGCUGAAUGUCCAGGGGGAAGAUACACCAAAUCCUCGGUCUCAACCACUCGAUACAAAUCCCGCCUUUCCUAAUCAAAACUAUCCAGCAAACUCUUUGCUCUCACCGCAUCAUUUGACGCUGUCUAAUGAUGAGUUCUCUAUUCUUGCUGCCAAUUUCUUUUCUCAGGGGCAAGAGUUCCUACGCAGUGGUGAUAACUGGGAAAGUGUUGGCAACUUCUAA